GGAGGCAUUGUAGUGAGUUAUUGCGCUUCAGAGCAGCAGCAUCUGAGGAUGCGGUGACAGCCACAAUAAUAUUUUUACAAAAAGAAGAGAGACGCGUUUGUCUGGCUGCGUUGUUUGGAGUCGCGAGUGUCGAUCCGGGCGUUUUACAUCUUUCUUUUGAUGAACGCAGCCUCGUUGUCAAGCUGCUGGGGGGCCUAAGUGGUGCACCACCCGGCUUUUAUGAAUGGGAUGCUCGGUUCCCAGGCUAAUUGGAUUUAAAGAGCAUCAGUAUCCAUUCCAAGGUCUCUAACAAGCAUCACAUUUGAGAACUGGAAGCUCUUUUCGUAGUCUGACUGAAUCUCUUCUACCUCUUUGUGCAAAAUAAAACAACCUAAUCAGCCACCAUGCCAAUCUUGAAACAGCUGGUGUCUGGCUCCUCCCAGACCAAGCGCCGCUCACGCAUGGAUCUGACCAGGGAGAUGAUCAGUGCCCCACUAGGUGACUUUCGCCACACUAUGCAUGUCGGUCGCAGUGGUGAUGCUUUUGGAGACACCUCCUUCCUCAGCACCCGCUCAGGGGAACCUUCCCCCGAGACCACAUCCUUCCCCCGCUCUCCCCGGCCUGGCCUCCUGUCUCGUACCUUUAGAAGCAGCAAACGCUCCCAGUCUGUCACCAGAGUGGAUCAACAGAGAGACAAUGCCCUGGCAGUCGCAGGUGGGUCACCCACCUAUGUGAAGAGUGCCAUGUCUCUGCCGUUUCUCAAUGAUGAAGACAGAGGGGACAGUAUGGUGGCAAAGAGUCUCUCCUCGAGCCCCUUCAAGCAGCACGGGGAGUUGGAUGGGACGGGUGCCGCCGCGGCCCCUCACUUCUUGGAACUGGAGGAGCGAAGUUUCGGUGAGCUGACUGAGCUUCCAGAGAGCUCCCAUCACUAUGGAGGUGGAAUGAAGCACGCUGUGUCAGUAAUGUCUUUCCAUGUCGACCUGGGACCCUCCAUGCUGGGUGACAUCCUGGGGGUGAUGGAAAAGGAGGAUGACGACCUUGGCUACGAGGAGGGCAAGAGCAGCGAGGGCCGUGCCUCGCCCCCCCUCAGCACCCACGGUGAGGAGGAGGAGGAUAGUAUGGAGAAGGGAAAAGAUGAGGAUGCAGAGGAGCAGAUGGAGGCGGCAAAAGAAGAAGAAGAAGAAGAAGGAGAAGAAGAGGCAGAACUGCAGCAAGAGCCCUCUAUGCACCCAGCUAGCUCUAUUGAUCUGGGGCCAGAGAAUGGGGGGCCCUAUACCCCAGAGUACACUCCUGAGAUACGGCCCAAACACUUGCAGCAUCUAGACAGCUGCUCCAUGUCCAGCUCUGGCUCUGCUGCUCUGGAUGAGAAACCAAACAGUCAGACCUACGCAGGAGAUACAGACAGCGCCACCUUCAGUGCCCCCCCAGAGGAGGAGAGCAACUUCUCCUCUUUCUUGGAGGAUGAAGAUGAUGAGAUCCGUGUAUGAGAUUCCAAAGCCUUCAAAAAAAAAAAGAAAAAGAAAAGACAGAAAGUAGGACAGAGCUCUGGAAGGGGUUUAUGUGAAACAAGCAAGUCCUUUGACAGUGUGGAUUUGCACUUGAAGACACUGUAGUCUGGUACUGUGGGAAUGGGAUUGUGAAAAAGACGGAGGACUCUUACUUUGUAGGUCUGCAAAGAGACUGUGACUCCAUCUGUCAGAGAGCCUCACCCUCCGCUCUCUGUUUGUCUGUCAAUCCGUCUCUGCCUUUUUGAACAGUGAGGGAGCUGACAUGGAAGAGCAGCCACUUUUUGAAUAUGGAACAUUCCAGAAGUGCGCAGGGAGGACGGGUUAGAAAGGAACUUUUGUAGGGGAAAAACACUUUCCAUAACUAAAGCUCAGUUCACGCUCUCUCUCUCCCCUCUCUCUCUCUCUCCUCUUCUCUUUUCUCACUUGACGUGUCACAUGUGCUUUUUUCAUUUGCUUUGCCUCCCUCUUGUUGUUGUGCUCUCUCUGUCUGGCUGUGGGACAUCAUGAGGCCUGAGCUGAACAGAAGGUCUCUGUCACCACAGGAUCACUGGUGGGUAUCUUGUCACAAUAAAGGGGGCUGUGUUUUGUCACUGGAGUGUGAAGUCCUGCCUUGAGCCUCCUUUAUCUGAAAAUAUUAUCCUGACGUACCAUAAAGUACCGUAGAUAGUCAGAGUUUUCCCCCUCUAUGUAACUCAGGGUCCUUGUGACGCUGCACAAAGGCUGCCAUUUCCUGCUGUAAAGCUGGACCACAAAGCCCAAACCAAAAUUCUCUUCUGUUUUUAAUUCACUGUGAGCGCCACACAGGCUAAAUUAGAGAAAACAGGCCUAUAAAGCUAAUGGAGAUACACUGGCCUGCAUUAACUAUAAAGAAUGGUGUUACUACAUACAGGAAGCUGGAGGUGUGAGGAGUGUUGUGUGGCACACUGUCUUGUCUAUGAACAGAUUCUUUAUUUCACCCUAAAGGCUUUUUUUUUUCUUUCUCAAAUGGAUUUCCGUGAACUGACAUGAAUUGGCCAGCUUCCUUCUACUAAUCCGUCAUUGCAAAUUGAAACUGAAAAGAGUUUGAUAACCACUUCCUUCCUUGUUUUUUUUUCUUCUUUCAUACAUCUGAGCAACUGCAGUGGUGCAAGUGAACUGUGUAAAAGAUGUUGAUCCUUUUUAAGGGGAUACCUUUUAUGUAUCGAACAGUUUCCACCACUACUUUAGGGUUUAGGGUAUGUAUGGUUGAAAAUGAGUGCACCACCAGGCACAAUUAAACCACACACUACUUCUGUUUUGGUGUUUAAUACUGGUUGUUUUUAUCCCUUGGAAAAAAAAAAUCUUUGCUAUAUUUGUGUUUAUGUCUGUUUGAAGAGUGGAUGAAAAAAGAAGACACAGCCAGCAAUAGAUGUAAGAGCAUUUAGAAAAAGAUUGCUAUUUUUAUGCAAGUUGCAUAGUCAUUGCAGCUUGACAGUAUCUCUUGCAUCAUUAAAAGCUGUGACCAGAAGUAUUGAGGCUCAGUUGCGCUGAUUGAUUUCACUGCCUUAAAUGAAACUGACAUGUGCCAAAAUCGUAAUUUUCGAGCCAAAAAAAAAAAAAGAUUUCAGUUGUGAAGCUCACUUUUUGGGAAGAACCCGCACACAUCUGUCUGUCGCUUCCUUUCUCGGUAAUCUCUGUUGAAUUUAAGUGAAGAUUGAGUUCAGCUUGCAGGUUAAAAAGAAUCAAAUGAAAACAAGUAGUGUUUUUAAGAUGUCAUAUCAUGCGGUGGGGAAAAGACUGAAUUUGCAUAACUGGAUAUUUAUAUUUCCAAUCGCUCAGACACUACAUAAUAUAUUCAGGUAAUUUCCAGGGUUAAUUUUGUGCGAAUGAGGAGUUGUCUGUGUUGCGUUGUUCUGUAUAAUGUAUAUUAUGCCUUACUGUUGUCUUCUUUACUGUAUAUUUACAGCCUUUUUUUCUGUAUUAUCCAAAA